UGCAGUGUAUUAGAGCAUAUCCAUCAUUAUUUCUGCUGACCUGGCAAUUAUGCAUUGGCUCCGUUUAUAAUGAAAGCAAAUGGUCAUAUUUGGAACGGUGGAUCGGUUUUCGUUCGUUUUUAAUAAAUUCACACAACAGUAAAUUAUUACUCAAGGUUUUUGGGAGACCUUGUAGAUUAUUUUCAUGUAUAUUUUUGAAGCCAAGUGCUUGGAUAUGGUUUUUGCGUCAUCAUUGCGGUCAGAAUCCACAGUGUCAAUGUAACCACAGGCGGGUUCCUUUUCUGAAGACGGUCCAAGAACUCCGCAUACGUACACAUCUUUUUUUCUGCUGAACAUCCAUAAGAAGGAGCUGCAUCUCUCCCUUUCCUUUGAUAUAAUAUUUUGGGGCUUAAUAAAAAUUCGAAGAAAAGUCAGGCGGCAUUGUACCAGCUAGUUGUGAAACUUGACCAGGAUGAUGGUGGCUCACCCUCGCCCCCUGUUGGUGAUGUUGCUGCAGCUGCUCCUCUCCUGCUUGCCCACCCUCGGCUACUCCUCCAACAGAUUCUUCUACCAAGACAUUCUCAACGGAAAUGGCAAUGGAGAGAUCCACUUUAACGGUGUAAAGCUCCACGUGGACUCCUCCCAGCCCUCUGUGUUCGCUUUCCGGGGGAGUAACGCCACCCUAUCCUGCCGAUACUGGUACGAGCCAGAGUUGAGCUCCCCCAGGAGGGUGCGGGUGAAGUGGUCGUGGCUGCCCGUCGUGGGGGGCCAUGAGACGGAUGUUCUGGUGGCCAUCGGGCCCCGCAUUCACAGCUUUGGGGAUUUCAGGGGCCGGGUGCGUCUCAGAGAGGACUCGCCAGGAGAUGCUUCGCUGGUCAUGACUGAACUCCAGCUCAAUGACACGGGACGUUACCGCUGUGAGGUAAUCGACGGGCUGGAGGACGAGAGCGCCACCGUCGAACUCGAGCUACGAGGUGUGGUGUUUCCCUACCAGCCUCCUCACGGCCGCUACAACCUGACCUACCAUGAUGCCCAGCAAGUCUGUUGGGAGCAGGACUCCACUCUGGCCACCUUCGAGCAGCUGUUCCAGGCCUGGGAGGAGGGGCUGGACUGGUGCAACGCAGGCUGGCUGGCUGACGGGACAGUGCAGUACCCCAUCACCAAGCCCCGGAGCCCCUGUGGGGGGCUGGGCCUCGCCCCCGGGGUUAGGAGCUACGGUAGACGCCACCGCCACCUCCACCGAUACGACGUCUUCUGUUUCUCCUCCUCCCUCCGAGGGAAGGUCUACUACCUCCAGCACCCCCACAAGCUCAACCUCACUGAGGCCCAGCAGGCGUGCUUCGACGACGGGGCCCAGAUAGCCAAGGUGGGCCAGCUCUACGCCGCCUGGAGGUUCAUGGGCCUGGACCGCUGUGACGCCGGAUGGCUCGCUGACGGGAGCCUGCGCUACCCCAUCACCAACCCCCGCCGCAACUGUGGCCCCAUGGAACCAGGGGUGCGCAGCUUUGGGUUUGCCCCACCACACCACAAGCACGGAGUGUACUGCUACAGUGCAGGUACGCGGUGCAUCUGAUAUACGUGGUAAAAGUACAUACUACCCUUAGGUCAUACCAUUUACAUCUCUCGUAGUAGGUAGGGGAACAAACCAAAAUCCACAAAUGAAUAGGUUGUUGACACGCAUAGAAAUUCAAGAUGCUAUGGUGAGAGGGCUGUGUUAUGAUGUAAAGUGGGGGUAUGGUGUGUGAGGGCCUCUACUGUGGUCAAGGCUUGACAAAAAAUAAUAAUACUGGGAUACGAUACCCUGUUGGUUAUGUUUCAGGGUUAUAGUCCUCCCUAGUCUGUCAGCCUCCCUUGUGAUUUAGACAAGCAGGUUAGCAACACCAUGGUGAACAACAUGAGUGUUCCACACAGGGUUAGCCACUCACUGUAACAAAAGGAACAUUUUGUUCAAUGACUUCUCCCUGGAUUGGGAUGUCCUUGCUCUUUAUGUUAAAGGGUAUAUUUUUUUUACCUCAUAUCCAUUAUAUCUAGCACCAUAACAGUCUACAAAUGUGAAAAUGGCACGUUUCUAUGUUUUGUAGUCAAAAAGAUGGAAGAAAAGGUAAGAAAAUUACUCCCAGUGAUGUCAUCUGUAAUUUUCAAAUAUACAAUGACUUUCCAGUCUUCGAAAAUCAUUGUUUUAAUUUGAAAAUGACAUCAACGGGGGUAAUUUCCUCAGAACCUUUUCUUCUAACUUGUUGACUACAAAACCAUUUUCACAUAUGCAGACACUGGUAUGGUGCUGGAUGUAAUGAAUAUGAGGUUAAACUGUGAAGUGUUCCUUGAAUUACUCUGACUGAUCCUCUAAUGUCAUGUAUGAAUAUUAAACUUAAUAAUAAUAAUAAUAAUUGUAUAAUAUUAAUAUUUUUGACCAAUAAUUCUGGACCCACCUAAAUCUUGCUGUAGCCUAUAAUGUGAUCCAUCACUAAGUAUGAAUGAACCUGUAUUUAAACUCUGACCUCAGCUUCAACUGCAAUAUUAUACAUAUUGUUAUUUAUACUCAUGUAUUGUAUUUAUCUACUGUACUCUCUUUGUAAACAUAUUUGUGUAUGACAUAGGAGCUGAGCUCAGAAUUAAUAACUAAUUAAUUGAUUAUCAAAGGAAACCAGUUCUGUGAUGAUUUAUAAGCUGUUAUUAUGUUUAUCUCGAAAGCAAGUACUUAUCUUUCAUACUGUAUGGCCUGUACCUCACUUGGUUGGUUGGUUUGAUUAUGUAGGUGGUGGGUUUUAACAUGGUUUUAGAUGAUAACAGACACAUAUACUAACUUAUUUUUGUAAA